AUGCCCUGGUCUCCACUCCCACGCAUCGCCUUCGCCGUCGCGACAUACCCCUUCGCUGCUUCCUCUCCAGCAGACCUCCCUCUCGAGCUCGGCGAUGAGCUAUACAUUAUCGAACAAGGCGGCCGCAAUGGCGAUUGGUUCCGCGGGUACCUUGUCGCGCCGCCGAGUCUGCUGGCCGGGCUGACCAGCACCAAGGGCCAGACGCUCGAAGCGCGUGUUUUCUCGGGCAUAUUUCCUAGGAGCUGUGUGGAGGUUCGAGAGGUGCUGGGUGAGGAUGAGAUAGAAGAAGAUGAGGAUGGACCACCAUUGACGAAUGGGCAUAUUGUGCGGAAUCGGAGUGGCAGCACCGGCGUGGAUUCAGAUAAUAGUGCCAUGGGGAGUCCGCGGUCCUCGAAAUCGUCUAAGAAAGCUCGAAUCAGCACCGAGAAAAAGACGGAUAGGAAAGGCAGCAUGAGGAAGAAAAAACAGCUUUCCGAUGGCAAUCUAGCUGUAGCUCAAGCUCGAGAUCCGGAUGCGCCUAAACCGCCUGCUCCUGUGCCCAUGCUGAAAAUUGGAGACGAGACACCGACUUCUGCUUCCGAGCCGCUGGUGGACGAAAUAGCAUCUUGUCUGCGAGAAUGGCAUUCUAGGAACCUACACGAGUUGCUGCUGUCGAGGCAAUACCCACAGCUGGAAAGGAUGUCAGGUCUGGUGCAAACGCUGGAUUUGUCGCGGAGGCAGUUCCUUCAUAAUGUUUUGACGACCCAUGAGAUGCAGUCGCUGCGGGAAAAGACGGUCUGGGAUCUGGUGAGAGGAAAUAAACUGUUUAAUGGUGAAGUUAUUGUGCGGGAUCCUGCGGAGCGAGGAAGGGUGUUGACUGGGGAGGAUUCUGCUGUGGAAAUCACGAAGCUGCAGUCUAUGAUGAGCCUCUUGGAUGAACGACCGCAACCUCCUGUGAACGAGAGAUUGACGCUGCACCAUCUCCUAAUAGACGUCAAGGCCUUCGUAGGAGCAUCAUCGGAGCCAACCACCCUGGUAUUCUUCCUUGCCUCAAAGACACCCGGAGAAAUGACGAAGGCCCUCUCAGAAAGCUAUAUCGUGGAAGUACCUCCUACCGGAGCCAUGACGAGUCUCGCAAAAGCAGGUGAUAUGCGGACGCUCUUCACAGACCUUGCAUCAGCGGAUAUUGGCGACCUACCAUCAACAGACACCGAACUAUACUUGGUAGUGAAAAUACGGUCGACGCAACAAGUACAGCCUAGGAAGCCGGCUUCUAGGGGUGGUUCACGCGAUGGCACGGCAACGACGAGGAAUGGAGAAAAGCCACAGUCGAGUGGCGGAAGUAAAUCGGGACCGGGUAGGAGAAGUCUCAUGUGGGGUCAGAAACGAAAUGCGCCGAUGAGUUCGAGGCUCAAUUCUCUCUCGGAGCAGGGCGAGGAAGCAGAUGGGAGACAGUCUCGAGAUAGACCUCCUUAUACUGCAGAUUCAACAGCGUUUGCUACUCAGCCUCCUAGGUCCGCAUCUGCGAGUCGGAGUGUGACACGGACUGUAGGCUUUGGGGCGUUGAGGAUUAAUUCCAUCAUGAAGCAAGAGGAUGAAGUUGAGCAGGUCUUUAAUGUGUGGACACCAUCUCUUGGCUUUAAAGAUGACAAGCAAGAUAUGGGCGAGGGGUGGGAAGAUGCCAUUUCUGAUCUUAUGGCAAGUAAAACUGGGAACUAUGAGAAGUCACGGAGAGCCGAACGCCUGCAAAUCCUUCUAAAGCCCUUUGAGAGUCCGGAUGUGGAUGCUCUCAUCAAGGCGACACCUACAUUACUUUCGGAGGUCAAGAGGACAGCCAAGAUGGGGUUUUCUGGUGCUCCUACCAAGGCACGAUCAGAUAUUUACAUUAACAUUGACGAAGCGUUCCUCCCUCGACAUGCGUUGCUCUCACGCUCAUCUGGUAGCGCCACGCCUUUGAGCUCCACCAUUGAAGGCGCGAACCUUCAAAUCACCCUUGAAGUCCGAAAAGCAUCCGGUGAUCGUAUCGAGAAGUGUAUUUUCGCUUCUUCUAACACGGAAGGUCAAAGUUCAUGGGAGUCUACAGCCGCAGACCGAGGCGAUGCGUGGAGCCAGACUCUGCGCCUUGCAAUCUCUCCAAAUGAUGUUCAUAACUGCCAUGUUGUGAUGACGUUGUCAGAUAUACCCUACCAGCCCUUUGCUAUUUGUUAUAUUCCCCUUUGGGACCAACAAGCUUUCAUGCGAGAUGGGCACCAUUCGCUUUUACUAUACAGAUAUGACGAGUCAACUUCAACCCCCAAGAAUCAGGCUGGUGGUAAAGGCGGGUACUUGUCUCUACCCUGGAAUGCAAGGGGCAAGGAUGAUGUGAGCAAAGACGAGGCUGUCACGGGUCCGAUUGCGACACUGAGAGUACAAACCUACCUCUGCAGUACACGAUUCUCCCAGGAUAAAGUACUGUUGCGUCUUUUGAAAUGGAAGGAGCAGCCUCCAGGAGAAGUGCAAGAACUCCUGAAACGGCUAGUCUUUGUUCCUGAGAUCGAAGUCGUGAAACUUUUGAACGACGUUCUUGAUGCCAUUUUUGGGAUACUGGUUGAGCAGACUGGAAACGAUGAUUACGAAGACUUGAUUUUCAGUGCCUUGAUUACCAUUCUUGGAAUUGUUCAUGACAGACGGUUUAAUUUGGGACCGUUGGUUGAUCAGUACGCCGAAAACAAGUUCAAUUAUCCAUUUGCUACACCUUGUCUAGUUCGGUCGUUUACUCGACUUUUGGCGAAACCUUCAGACCCAGAAACUUCACGGAAAUUACGAGCUACUUUUAAAGUUGUACGGCAUAUUCUCAAGUUCAUCACGCACGCGAGGGGUCAGCAGAAGGCGAAGGAAGCUGGGAUUGGUAUUACGAGUACAUCCCCUGGCUUCACCCGACACUUGCGGACGAUUUUCAAGGCGUUGGAUGGGCUUAUGCGAAACACCGCUCCAAUUUUGGUGGGAAGUCAAACACUUGCCGUCCAACAUUUCCACACUUGGUUACCAGAACUCACGGGCUUGCUGAGCACGGAAGAGAUCUUACAUAUUGCAAUCGACUUUCUAGAUUCCUGUGCCUUGGUGAAGGGCAAGCUUGUUCUGUACAAGCUCGUGUUGAUCAUCAAUUACUCAAAGCUGGAGCUUUUCUCGCAGCCAGAACAGCGAGCUGCGCUCAGUGCGAAUACGGUUCGAUGGAUAGCUCCACAUUGGGGCAAGACGCACGAAGUUACUGAACAGUGGCGAGAGCAAGUCCGCCUUUGCUGCUCAAUUCUCUCAACGCAAGUUCAAGAUCUCGGACCAGAAGUUCCGGAUUAUAUCCCCAAGAUCAUCGAUUCGUACCUCGCGCUUCAAGCUGCGCCGAAGACUGAAAAGACACGGCUCUCACUUCUAUUCCCCACAACUUACCCAUUUCCAACCAAACCACUCCCAGAAAAUACUCAGUUUGAUGAAGCGCUUAUCGAACUGUCCGCCAUUCUAUCUGGGAUUUCGACAUUGCCUGCAGGGAUGCAACUCGAGCUGGCGGAAGACGAAAUGGCUACGCUUCUUGAGGAUACACUGCAUGUGCAUCUCAGCAUUUUACAAUGCGAGGCGUUUCCUUCCAACUGGCUAAGUGUGCACAUCUACCACCACAGAUCGACAAUAAAGACACUCGAGUACCUUGCUGGCAUUUUGCUCGAGUCAUUCUUGCCGCAUCCUGAUGAUGCAGAGAUUUACAACACAGAGCUGUGGAAAGUCUUCUUCACUGUUCUGCUCAAACUUGUCGGUAGCGAUGCUCUUGCGCUUGAGACGUUUCCCGAACAGAAACGGCGUGCGGUGUGGAAGAUCGCUGGCGAUAUUCGAGAGCAAGGAGCUGCUCUUCUGCGGAGGACUUGGGAGUCUAUUGGGUGGGAAACUAGCCCUGACGAGCGACAAAAGUACAAUUUGACGAAAAUGGGCGGCUAUCAAGUGCAAUAUGUUCCCGUGCUUGUUGGGCCAAUCGUUGAGUUGUGCUUAAGUGUGCAUGAGGGCCUCAGGAGGGUCGCUGUUGAAGUCUUGCAAACGAUGAUUGUCAGCGAAUGGACGUUGAGUGAGGAUUUAUCGGUCAUUCAGACUGAGAUGAUUGACUGUCUGGACCAAUUGUUCAAGUCGAAGCCGUUGACGGAAAGUAUUCUACAGAAGCUUUUCAUCAAUGAGCUUCUUGAAUUGUUUGAGCCCCUUGGGCAAGACCCCGACGAUCCACUUUACGAGUCGCUCAAGGACCUUAUUGCUACGAUUGACGAGUUCUUGGAUCUUCUGGUGGCGGUUCACAGUAGCGAUGUCUCAGGCGAGGCUUCACAUAUGAUUCAUCGCUUACGAUUGAUGGAAUUUUUGAGGGACAUGCAAAAGGAAGAGAUCUUCAUUCGCUAUGUGCACCAUCUAGCACAACUGCAGGCAGAUGCGAGGAAUCCAUCUGAAGCAGGAUUGGCCUUGCGUCUUCAUGCUGACCUAUACGAAUGGGAGCCAACCAAGCUCGUGCCUCCCCUGGCAGAUCCGGAAUUUCCAUCUCAAACGCAGUUCGAUCGCAAGGAACGGAUAUACUUUGAUAUCAUCAAGUAUUUUGAAGAGGGCGAAGCCUGGAGCAGUGCACUCGAUGCGUAUCAGGAGCUUCAGCAGCAGUAUCAGGAGAAUGUCUUUGAUUUCCCGAAGCUGGCGAGGACACAGAGGGCAAUUGCUACGAUUUACGAGACGAUUGCAAAGAGUGAGAAGCUGGUGCCCAAAUACUUUCGUGUCCAAUACAAGGGUAUGGGUUUCCCGCCUAGUCUUAGAGAUAAGGAGUUUGUCUUCGAAGGCUCGCCUACAGAGAGAACUUCAGCAUUUACAGAUCGGAUGCAAGAACAACAUCCCUCGGCCCAGAUUGUUACUAAUGGAGAGAUGGAGGAGGUUGAAGGGCAAUUCCUUCAGAUAUCCACCCUCGCCCCGCAUCGAGACUUUGAUAACCAUGUCUUUCAACGGGCCCGCGUGCCUCAGAUCGUGCGCGAUUACCUUCUUUCUGCUCACCCGCAGCAUUUUGCCGUCACUUCCAAGCGGAACACCUCUGGCCCCGUCGCUGAGCACUCGGCCGAGAAAAUAGUCUACACAGUCGCAGAUCCAUUCCCUACGAUUUUACGCCGAAGUGAGAUCAUAGCCGUUGACCGUAUCAAGCUCAAUAAUCUACAAACAGCAUUAGAACGAGUCAUCCGAAAGACGCAGGAAAUGUCCGUCGUUGAGAAACGCGUUGCAGAUGGCGAAGAAGACAUGGCGCCUCUCCUCAUUGACGCUCUCAACAUCUCCGUCAACCCCGCCUCCGACUCCAGCGUCGCGCGUUACAGAGAGCUUCUCCCCACCAAGACCACCGACGAGGACGGCGAAGAGCUUGAAGAAGAAGAAGAAGAGGUAGAACUCAGCCCGCUUGAGAAUGCCCUCAAGAUUGCGCUCAUCGAUCACGCAAUAAUGAUCAAACGCUGCCUCUCCAUGUUCUCCAAGCACCCGCAAAAUUACCGCAUCCCGCGCACCUCCCGCGAUGAAUCUUCUCAAAACUUCGAAACCACCUUCGCGCCCGAGCUCGCUUCCUUCUCCUUCCCCCAAUUCCAACGCAACACAACGCCUGUUCCCGUUUGGGCCGUUGCCAGUCCCGUGCAGAGCUUGGCAAUGCCAUAUAGUAGUACGAAUGGUACGAUUAAGACGCAGAGUACGGAUAUUCUCGAUCUGUCACUUCCACGAACCGGCGGUGGCGGUGGUGGGGCCGGACCUGGCAAAAACCGCCUCAGUUUCCUAAAGCGCGCGCCCAAUUCUAGUAUAAGUCAAGAACCACCUGCUCUCGGACCGGUAAAUGGCAAUGCGACUCGUGGACGUGGUGGCAGUGGUGGUGUAGCGGCGUCGGAGAGUAGUGUGAGCGUGAGAUCACGUAGCAAGGAGAAUGCGAACCGACGCUCGUUUUUCGGCAGCCCUCCACAUGUGCAGCAUCCACAGCAAAAUGGUACGAGGGGUUCCAACGAUCCGGCCGACGAGGAAGCGGGGUGGGUCACCUCCUCUGACCUCACUGCUGGCAGCCCUGGCGGUGAAGAUGGAGCCGUGAGGAGGAGCGGGAGUUUCAGGAGGGCAAAUACGGCUAGUAGUGGGACUUCGACUGUAGGGAGUCGCGUGGGCAGUGUGAGGAAGAGACUCAGUAUGCUGAAGUUGGGGAAGAAGAGUAGUAAGGCUAGUGUUUUGGUGGCGAGCGUGGCGGAGGAGGAUUAA